AUGUUACUUCGGAACUAUGGCGCAGAGCUCUCGGACUCUAUAUCGCAUAUCGUCUUCGAAAACAAACCACCAAGGACUUUGUGUCCAUUCUCCAUUUAUCAUCCCAUUCUUGAAGGAUAUGCAUCUCUAGAUGGCAUCACCCGCACACCUACCAGUGCCCUGUUUUUCUCCUUUUCACUUAGUGAUCACCUCGUUGUGAACUGGCUAAUGCUUCCCCUGUCAUCCUUUGUAGCUAUCCCUCUUGCCCUGAACUUUAUUGCGUCGGAAAUUAGGGAAGAUAAAGAUUCAGCAGCAUUCGCUGCGGCUUCACUACGGGCGCUGAUUGCGGCAUUGGGCGGGAACUUGACAAUCCACCUCCGGAAGAUCAUGGCUUCUAUUUCAGAUUCUCUUGGAUCGGGGAUUUUGUUUACCUAUCCUGAAAUUGCUACUAUUGCCGGUGUCCAGGGUUUGGUUAUCUAUGGGUUAGCUUCGGCACUACCGCUAUUGGUUUUUGGAUAUUUGGGGCCAAUUAUCAGAAAAAAAUGUCCAGAGGGUUUUGUUCUCACCGAAUGGGCCCGGGAGCGAUAUGGUUUGGUUACGGCGAUAUACCUUAGUAUUUUAACAUUGAUUACGUUAUUUCUAUACAUGGUUGCGGAACUUUCUGCGCUUCAACAAAUCGUCAGUGCUCUCACUGGACUCAACGGAUUACCAACCGUGAUCGUUCAAGUUAUGGUGACGACGAUUUACACGUCCCUGGGUGGCUUCAAAGUAUCUUUUAUCACCGACAACAUCCAGGGAGCAAUGGUGGUGGGAUUAGUUAUUAUAGCUGUCAUCACCGUGGGUACGAAAACGAACAUCGAUCGAUCCCUAAUCGACUCCUCUGGCCUCUUGGACGCCUCUCUUCUUGGAUGGCAGCUAAUAUAUAUCCUCCCAAUCGCCAUCUUCACGAACGAUUUCUUCCUGUCCAACUUCUGGCUGCGAACUUUCGCCUCCAAAAGUGACCGCGACCUGCGCAUCGGCGUAUCAAUUGCAAGCGGCACUGUGUUUUGCAUCCUCACCCUGGUUGGUGUAACGGGAUUACUGGCAGCAUGGUCGGGCGCCUGGCCUGGAAACCCCCCCCAGCGGGCCUCGAUCGCAUUUUUCCUGCUUCUCGAAAAACUCCCUGGCUGGGUGGUCGGCAUCGUGCUAGUCAUGACUGUUUCUCUUAGUACUGCCGCAUUUGACAGCUUGCAGUCUGCCAUGGUUAGUACGGGUAGUAACGACCUCUUCCGCAACCGCCUGCCACUGAAAUAUGUGCGCAUCCUUGUUGUUCUGUGCAUUAUCCCUGUCGUAGUUGUUGCCCUCAGGUCUCCCAGCGUGCUGCAGAUCUUUCUGAUAUCUGAUCUCGUAUCUGCUUCUUCGAUUCCUGUUUUAACUUUUGGACUCUGGGAGAAAGCGUAUUGGUGGAAGGGAUUCGAAGUAGUCGUUGGAGGGCUAGGGGGGAUUUUCUCUGUCUUCGUUUUCGGAGCAAUUUAUUUCAAAGAUGCACAGGAGGGGGCUAAAUUGAUUCUUUUGGGAAACGGUCUUUAUGCACAAGACUGGAGUGUUUUUGGUGCAUUCCUCGCCGCCCCCUUGGGUGGUAUUCUCUUCGGUAUCGCAGCCCUAGGCUUGCGAUUGGGCUAUCAAUUCCUGCUGUGCAAACACCAACAUCGCAGAUUUGAUGCUCUGGAUAAGCCAGAGCCACGUCUUCAACCUUCCGGCGACGGGAUUUCCGAUUAUGGAACUGCUCCCAUUGAAUCUGGUAUCGAAGGACUACCUUCCACCCUCCAAUUUGCUGCCAAGCAAGAUACGGAAGCAAAUAUUGCCCGUGGCAACGCGAAAGCAUCUCUGUAA